AUGUAUGUACAAAGUAACAAACCCGAGGAGGGACCUGCCGCCCGCCCGCCGCGCACUCGUCUCCGUGUCGCUCUUGUGUCGGUGAAGAGCCGCUUCUCCAUCACACGGACCUUCACAGUCUCUCCGGGAAUAAAGAGUGAGAGCAGUUCUGUGGACAUGAAGGACCGUAUGCAAGAACUUAGUCAGGGGAAGGAGGCGGCAGAGGAAGAGGAUGAAGUUGCCGUAAGAAUGGACAAAGGCUUCAUGGAUGAGUUCUUUGACCAGGUGGAGGAGAUCCGCGGGUUCAUUGAGUCUUUAGCGGAGAAAGUGGAGGAGGUGAAGAGGCAGCACAGUGCGAUCCUUGCUUCACCUAACCCAGACGAAAAAACUAAGGCCGAACUAGAGGACCUCAUGACAGACAUCAAGAAGCUGGCCAAUAAAAUUCGUUCCAAACUAAAAAGUAUUCAGCAAACUAUUGAACAAGAAGAAGGACAGAACAGAUCAUCAGCAGAUCUGAGAAUACGCAAGACACAGCACUCCACACUGUCCCGUAAGUUUGUAGAAGUGAUGUCUGAGUACAACACCACUCAGUCGGACUACAGAGAGCGCUGCAAAGGCCGCAUCCAGAGACAACUGGAGAUCACCGGACGAAAGACAACAAACGAAGAAUUAGAAAGCAUGUUGGAAAGUGACAACCCGGCGAUCUUCACUUCUGGAAUCAUCAUGGACAACAUCACAGAACAAGCCAUGAAUGAGAUUGAGACACGGCACAACGAAAUUAUCAAACUGGAGAACAGUAUCCGAGAACUGCAUGACAUGUUCAUGGACAUGGCUAUGCUGGUGGAAAGUCAGGGUACCAAGCACACGAAUGGGAUGGAGUCUUUAAUUUGUCUGUCCUUGCCUGGUUCUCUUUUCAAACUAUUUAUUUCCAUUCAAAAAAAAUGCACCGAGCACAAGAAAGCAUAUGGCCAGGGUGACCUGGUGAACAACAUUGAGCACUGUGUUUUAGGAGCUCAGAACUAUGUAGAAAAUGCCAAGGAGAACAUACCCAAAUGCAAAAAGUUUAAAAAACCUAAAAAGGGUGAAAUGAUAGAUCGCAUAGAGUACAAUGUGGAGCACUCGGUAGACUAUGUGGAAAGGGCAGUAUCAGACACUAAGAAGGCAGUAAAAUACCAGAGCAAAGCGAGGAGGAAGAAAAUCAUGAUCAUUAUAUGCUGUGUGAUCCUGGGCAUUGUGGUGGCUUCCAUUGUCGGGGGCACACUCGGUUAG